AAAUUUUUUUGGUUUGAUUUGAGAUUUAAUCCUAAACCCUACAAAUAACACCAUAUCCCUCUUUCUCUUCUUCUUCUUCUUCUUCCUCACCUCAAGGUCAACCCUGAAGCCACCGCUCACUCCCUCGCUCUCGCCCCUCGCCGUCUACUGGUAAUUCCAGUCAAACAGAAAUUCACAGCUGUGUUGAGACAUUUGAGUACCACAAAAUCGUGUGGUAUGGCAAUGGAGGCCGAUGGAACAAGUGGCUCUCUUAGUUUGCUGAAGCAAGGAGCUGAAGCUAGAAUUUUCGAAUCAGAUUUUGUGGGAAGGAGGUCGAUAAUCAAGGAGCGCUUCUCAAAGAAGUAUAGGCAUCCAUCUUUGGAUUUAAAACUUACUCUUAAGCGCUUGAAUGCAGAAGCUAGGUGCAUGACGAAGGCACGCCGACUUGGGGUCUAUACGCCAUUGUUGUUUUUUGUGGACCCUGUUCUACACACUCUCACAUUUGAGUAUGUAGAGGGUCCUUCAGUAAAAGAUGUAUUCCUUGAAUUUGGAGCGCAUGGUAUCCGAAAAGAACAGAUGGAUGAUAUUGCGAAGCAAAUCGGCGAGGCAAUUGCCAAACUACAUGAUGGUGGCUUGAUUCAUGGUGAUUUAACCACAUCAAACAUGUUAAUUAAAGGUGUUACCAAUCAGCUGGUGCUUAUUGAUUUUGGUUUGAGCUUCACAUCAACCCUUCCAGAAGACAAAGCUGUCGAUUUAUACGUAUUGGAACGAGCUUUGCUCUCGAUGCAUUCUUCGUGUGGGAAUGUGAUGGAUCAAAUACUCGCCGCAUAUAGGAAGUCCUCAAAACAGUGGUCAUCAACAUUGAAUAAGUUAGCUCAAGUGAGACAACGAGGUCGAAAGCGCACCAUGGUUGGAUGAGAAGCUUUGAAAACCAUCUCGUGCAUGUGGUUUGCUCCCACAAAGUCCGAGGUUCGAGUCCCUCCCGAGCACCUACAUAUUAUUGCUGUAGUAUU